AUAACUGCAUUCAGUUCAAGAGAAAGAUCUCUUCAUUUUUCAAGCUACAUUGAUCAUUUCUUAGUCAGUUGCACUUCUUCUACUUCGUUUUGGUAUCUCUGUUGUGUUUUCUUUCAACCCUUUAUGGUGUUGAUGUGAAAACAGAGGUGGGGUUGUUGAAUUUUCUGUUUCUGUGCAUUUCUGGUUUCUGGGUGUAGCGUUGAUUCUUUUUUUUCUUUUUUUUGAUCGAGAUUGAAGUUUCAGUGUUGGGAUUCAGGGCAAUUGAAUUUGGGUUUUUCUGCUAGUGUUGAAAUAUUGGAGUUUUGGGGAAGGAUGUUUCGUUGGCUGAAAAGGAUUGUAUCAGUUUGUUGCCGACCUUUAAGUCGAUAUGUCGGUUUGAGCAGCGGUGUUGUGGUAGGUGAAGAUUACCCAGUUCUAUGGCAUAGAGACCUUAUGAAACAUUCAUGUGGGGAGUUCUCUUUUGCUAUGGCACAGGCUAAUCAAGUAUGUCUAGAUUAUGGUCACGUUGAACAAGGUCGUGAAGGUACCUUUGUUGGAGUUUAUGAUGGCCAUAGUCGCCUUGAUGCUUCAAGAUUUGCCUGUGAUAACCUUAGCCGCCAUUUAAUAACGCUUGCUCGAGAAAAUGGAACAAUAGAUGAAGAAGUCCUUAAUAAUGCCUUUGCUGCAACUGAAGAUGGCUUCCUUUCCAUUGUGGAAAGGGAAUUUCAUGGUGAUCCAGGAAUUGCGUCAACAGGGUGCUGCUGUCUGGUUGGUGUUAUCUGGAAAAGGAGAUUAUAUGUUGCUAACCUGGGGGACUCUAGAGCAGUAUUAGGUCAUAUAGGAAGAUUCAACAGGAUUCUUGCUGAGCAAUUGACUAAUGAUCAUCAUGUCAGGAUCAAGGAGGUCAGGGAUGAACUGAGAGCUCUGCACCCAGACAAUCCAAACAUUAUGUCUCGUGUCAGAGGAACAUGGCAUGUUAACGGCAUUAAACAGGUAACUAGAGCAAUUGGAGAUGCAUUUCUGAAGAAGCCAGAAUUUGCUCUUGGUGCUGAACCUCUUACGGGGGCAGUAAUUAGAGCUGAUCCAUCUGUAUCUUCAAGAAACUUACAACCAUGCGAUAGAUUUGUUAUAUUUGCUUCUGCUGGGCUGUGGGAUCUCUUAAGCAACGAAGAGGCUGUACAAAUUGUGCAUACCUACCCUAGAGAGGGCAUAGCUAGAAGACUUGUUCUAUUAGCCAUGAAUGUGGCGGCACGUGCAAGAAAGAAGUACUAUGACCUUAUGAAUCAUGACAAACAUGUCAGGAGGGCCUUGCAUGAUGAUAUAACAGUCGUGGUCAUCUUUAUAGAUCACGAGAAGCUGAAUGACGAAUUAACUGUGCCUGGAAUGUCAGUUCAAGGAUUUGUAGACACUCAUCGACCAUCACAUUUCAAUAUUGAGCAAGAGGUUGCUACAGAGUCUGGAGUCACAGAGACCGAACCCACAGAAACCGAAAGCUCAGAGACCGAACACACAGAGAUCGUACCCACAGAGACCGAAAGCUCAGAGACCGAAUCCACAGAGACCGAACUCACUGAGACGGUAUAACAAGUUGUUUGCACUUGUUCUUUUCUAGGGAAGCCUGGAUCUCCCAUUUUGAUAUACAGUCCAGAUGAACAGCAAGACUAUUAGGUAUACAAAUGGUCAUGGGCAAAUUUUUGAUUGUACAAAGACAUGCUGAGGAAAUUACCUCCUAUUGUAAGGCCAUAAAAGUUGGCACUGUGAUCGAAAAAAGAAAUACAUUCUGUAUACAGAUUCUUGUCUUUCGAAGA